AUUGUUUUUUAUUCGCGUUCUAUUUUUGUGUGUGACGGUUCUAUCCGGCAAAAGGAUUAGAUUUUCCAUUUAACUUUGAUGAUUUUCCUUUAAAUAUCGCCGGAUAUAAAAAACAUCCUCCCGAUUGCGAAAACAUUAAGAUGCAGAACGGAGAAGAAAUAGCGGCACCGGCCGAAAACACCCCGGCAGUGGUUCCCGAGGAAGUGACGAAACAAUCCUUUCGGAUCAAAGUAUGGCGUCACUUGGAGAACAAUGCGCUAGCGAUGUUCCCCCGCCCCGUUUACAAUCGGAUCCCCAACUUCAAGGGAGCUCCGGAAGCAGCCGCAAGGUUGGCAGAACUGGACGUUUUCAAGAAUGCCAACACUGUAAAAGUGAACCCGGAUAAACCACAAGAGCCUGUCAGGGUAAUAUGCCUAGAGCAGCAGAAGACUCUAUACGUGCCCGUGCCACGGCUGCAGACUGGCUUCCUUAACAGGAUUGUACUGCCGGAAGGUGAACCUGGCCCUGCGACAUACCGCAAGGCCGUCUCACGCAACGGCAUGGAAGUAUUCGGACAGCCCAUAGGUAUUGAAGACACGGUGACAUUGGACUUGGUGGUAAUGGGAUCUGUGGCUGUCUCCAAGGAGGGUUACCGUAUUGGUAAAGGAAGAGGUUACGGUGACUUGGAGUUUGGGCUGAUGAUGCACAUGAAAGCCAUCAAGCCAAAUACCUUGGUGGCCACAACUGUACACGAUUGUCAGGUAUUCGACACACUGCCAGCGCAGUUGUUCGGCCCCCACGAUGUGCCCAUCGAUCUUAUUGUCACGCCAACACAGGUGAUAGAGACGCAGCGCAUGAGCCAGCGGCCGGCGGGCAUCCUGUGGCAGCUGGUGUCCAACAGGCGGCUGCAGAUCAUGCCCAUACUGGGACAACUCAGAGAUAUUGAGAUGCUUGCGGGGCGCGCCUGCUCGCUGAAGGAGGUGGACACGGACGUGGAGGAGCGCGCGCAGGGCAGGCCGCGCCGGCCGCGGCGCCGCACGCGCUCCAACAAGAGCCACAGCGAGGGAGAGGGUGGUAACACUACGGAGGGGGAGGAGGUGAAGGCGGGGCGGGCGCGGCGGGCGGCGCGCCGCAGCAAUUUUGUCAUGAUAUCCAACAUCAGUCCGACGACGCGUGUCCGCGAUCUCAAGCAGGCGCUGUCGGAGCGCGGUGUUAAACCGCAGAUUAUGGUCUGGAAGGGCUUCCGCGGUUUUUGCUACCUCCACUUCUUUAAGCCGGUUCCUCAAAAAGGUGAAGGUGACAGCGCGCCUGCUAUCAAUAUGGACAGCGUGUUGAACGCGCUGGCGGAAAUGUCGCUGGGUCCAUUGAGUCCGCGGCCGUGA